AUGGACGCCUACGGCGGAAACGAUGAAGAGAGCGCCGAGUUGCGGAAGCUCUUGGCCGAGGUGAACGACGACUCGGACAACUUCGAGAGCUGGGAGAAGCUCGUACGCGCCGCCGAGGCCCUAGAGGGCGGAAUCAAUAGAAACUCGAGUUCGCAAGCAAUCACAGCCGUCCGCAGCGUCUAUGACCGCUUCCUCUUAAAAUUCCCUCUUUUCUUCGGUUACUGGAAAAAGUAUGCCGACCUCGAGUUCUCGAUAGCCGGAACCGAGGCCGCCGACAUGGUCUACGAACGCGGAAUCGCCAGCAUCACCAACUCGGUGGAUCUGUGGACAAACUACUGCUCAUUCAAGACCGAGACAAGCCACGAUUCCGAUGGCAUUCGAGAGCUUUUUGAGAGAGGAGCAGUUUGUGUCGGCCUCGACUUUCUCGCUCAUCCCUUCUGGGAUAAGUACAUCGAAUUUGAAGAGCGCAUGGAAGCAUACGACCGAAUCUUUGCCAUCCUGGGCAGGAUCAUCCACAUACCCAUGCAUCAAUAUGCGAGAUACUUCGAGAAAUACCGGCAGAUGGCACAGUCACGCCCGCUUACCGCUAUCGCACCUCCGGGUACUCUCACUCAGCUGCAGAUGGACAUUGAGAACGAAGGCACCGGUUAUAAAGCCGGCCGAAGCCAGGCAGAAGUGGAACGAGAGUUGCGAACCCGGAUUGACAAUUACCACCUCGAGGUCUUCAGGCGGACACAGACCGAGACUACAAAGCGAUGGACCUACGAGUCUGAAAUCAAACGACCGUAUUUCCACGUGACAGAUCUAGACGAAGCCCAACUGACAAAUUGGCGCAAAUAUCUCGACUUUGAGGAGUCAGAAGGUGACUACACCCGCAUCCAAUUUUUAUAUGAACGUUGCCUGGUCACUUGUGCUCAGCAUGAUGAAUUCUGGUUGAGAUACGCCAGGUGGAUGCUAGCCCAGCAGGGCAAGGAAGAGGAAGUUCGAAAUAUCUAUCAAAGAGCAUCUUGCUUUUAUGUCCCAAUUGCUCUACCGACAACCAGACUUCAGUACGCAUAUUUCGAAGAAAUGACCGGUCGAGUCGAUGUGGCAAAGGAUAUACACGACGCCAUCCUUAUCCAAUUACCUGGUCACGUCGAGACAAUUGUCUCGCUGGCGAACAUAAAUCGUCGCCAUUCAGGCUUGGAGGCUGCUGUCGCUGUGUACCAAAGUCACCUCGAGUCUCCAAGCAUUGAUUCUGCAGCCAAAGCUGCUCUCGUGGCGGAAUGGGCGAAACUCCUUUGGAAGGUCAAGGGCUCGCCGGAAGAAGCUCGCCAGGUUUUCCAGAAAAACCAACAUUGGUACCUCGAGAGCCCCGCUUUCUGGACCAGCUACCUUCGGUUUGAAAUUGAUCAACCCACAAGUAGUGAGACGGAACAACAGCACUACGAUCAGAUCCGACGGGUCGUGGACGAGAUCCUCGGCAAGAGCGUUCUCCCAGAGCCCACCGUUCAAGAGCUGGUCACCACUUACAUGAAGUACCUGCUUGAGAGAGGCACCAAAGAUGCUGCCAAGGAGUAUAUGAAUCUCGACCGCGAAAUUAAUGGGCCAACCUCGGUCCAGAAAUUAUCCAAGGGGAAUCCCGAGACGAGCAAGACGCUUGGAGUCGUUAAUGGACAGCCUCUUCCAAUCCGAUACCCCUGA